AUGGUGAUUAAAGGUAAAAAGAGAAACUUGGUGGUUACUUCAGAUGGAUCUACCUCCAAAACUCCGAUUUCAAAGAGAUCCAAGAUUGAAAAAGCAAGUUCUAUGAAAGGCAAAGGAGUCAGAGAAGAAGUUGCAGCUGGUGACUCUCUAAUCAGGCCAAAGUUCAUUGACUGGAAAUUCUUUGGGAAAAAGGAAAUGCCUUUCAGACAGUGGUUUGAAUUUCAGGGCUGGAUGAGUUUUUUAAAAAUCAAGGAAGUGAUGUACGUGCUACUGGUCAAAGAGUUCUUCUCUUCUCUAAGUAUGGAAAAAGAUGAAACUUUCCAGGUUACUCUUAAAGGAGAAAGAUUUGUCAUUUCGCUGGAUUUGCUUUCUGAAGCAUUCGGUAUACCAAACAGAGGGGCUAAAAUAGCCAAGAAGAGUGAGAUUAAGAAAGCUUCAGACUUUCAGGAAGAUCUGUUCAAAAAGGAGAUUUGUGAAGGCAAACGGGCUGGCCUUUUGGAUGUGUCCUCUGCCUCCUUGAGCACCAACUAUCGGGUAUUACACAAAUUUAUCACUGCUUUUAUUGCUCCAAAAUCUGGCUCUUUAGAUUAUGUGAGUAGUAUUGAACUCUGUCUAAUGUGGCACAUUGUUAAGAAGAAAAAGUUCAAUCUUUGUUACUUGAUAAUGAACUUACUGACCAGCACUUCUAAAUCUAAGAGUAUGCCCUAUGCCAUGUUAUUAACUGUUCUUUUUGAUCACCUGGGUAUCAAUUUUUCAAAAGAAAUGUCUACUGCUUUAAAAGAGAAGGAUGUUAUUGGACAAAGUUUUGUGUCUAAAACUAAGAAAUUCAAAGAGACUAAAGAGAUUGAAGCAACUCACUUUGUGGAUGAUGAUGAGCUUGUUAGUGAUGAUGAAAAAGUUGAUUCUGAUGAGGAAACUGAAAGGGAAAGUUCAGGAAUUAAGAUUCUGUCUGAAGAGGAAGUGAACUCUUUUUCUGAAAAAGAGGUGUUUGCAUCUGCUAAGGAGAAAUUGCCUUUGGAAAUCUCGGAUUCUGUUAAUUCAGAAGAAACAGACUCAGCAGAUCUUGAGACUCUGCAAGAAGCACUCAACAAGAAAAGAAAUCUAGGAGUUCAAAUCAAGGCUGUGAAUACCAGGCCUUCCAAACUUCCUGUGAAGAGAAAAAUUGUGCUAACCAAGAAAGGUGUUCCAAAGGAAACAGCCCACAGAAAGAAGGAUUCUAAAACUCCUUCUGAGGUACCUGGUUAUGAUGACUCAGAAAAGAAAGAUGAUGUAGUGGAAGAUACUCAACAACACCAUGCUGCAGUUACUGAGAAUGAAGACCUUGCUUUGAAAGCAAAGGAGAAAGAUGAAGCUGUUUGUCACUCUGCAAAAGCUAAUACCAGCAAAGAACCUGUUGCAGCUUCAGUUAACAUUCAAUCCUUACUUGAUGAAAAAAUUUUGCUAAUUGAGAAGAUCGCUAGAGAGAGCAUGGAUCUUUGGCUGUCAGGACUAAAGAAGGACAUUCAGAAUCUGAUGAUGCCUACCUUAUCUCCAUUAAAGCAAGCUGAGAAAGAGUCUAAAGGAAUUGAUGUAGUGCAGGGUACUUCUGGAGCUGAUCCUGAAAACACUGAGCCUUUGGAAAUUGAUUCUUCACCUGCUUCUAAAGCUGUUCAGUCCAGCAUUCCCCCUUCUGUGUCUAAAAGAGCCACCCGUUCCACCACAAAGCUUGCAACCCUCAAAGUCUCACCUGGAGAAAUAGGUUCCAAGGACAUUCCUGCUGUCCUAGAUGAUUGA